AUGACGUUACGGGACCGGAACGCGGCGGAGACGAUGUACCGGAACGAUAUCGAGGGCUUCUCCGCGUCGUUGUUGGGGAAGCUAGACGCGGCGCGAUCGGCCGGGCGCUACGGUGAGGCGGAGAUCGCUUUGUUGAAAGAAAAGCUUGCGAUCGUUGUGAGCGCGUUCGCGAGCGAGCGAGCGAAGCGAGAGGGGGAGAUGGAGGCGCUCGCGUCGGCGGCGCGCACCGAGCUGAGUGAGCGCGAGUACGCGCUAUCGUCCGCACGAUUGGAGUUGAGUGAGGCUCGAAGGUUGAUUAAGAUUUUGGAGGCGAGGGAGGAGAGCACGAGGGACGAUCUCGACGAGGCGUUGACAUCGAACGAGGUUCUCAAGGCGCAGUUAGUGGAGGAGCACGAAUGCGCGUCGGCUCUGCGAAGAGAGGCGAACCGUUUGAGGGACGCGUUGAGAGAUGCGGGCGAAGCGUUGGCGGACGCCGCGGAGCGCGAGGAGGAGCUUGCAAAUAAACCGCCGACGAGUUCGAUGGAUGACUUCCAGGUCCGACUAGAGCGCGAGAACGCGAACGCUCGAAUCGCUCGCUUGGAGGAAAAAGUUGCGCACGCGCAAGAGGAGAACAAAGAGCUCAGGCGCAAGGUGCAGGAGGCCGAGGGCGAGAGUUCGGAGCUUCAGCGCGCGGUCGCCGAAAGAGAUGGCGCGCAGAGGUUCCUCAAGACUCAACUCGCCGAUUGGAACCAGCGUUUGUACGCACGCGCCGAGGGAAGCGUCGACGGCGAGUCGGCGUCCGCCAGUGACUCCUCUGCGGAGCUGCGAACGAGAUUGGACGAGGUCGAGAUCGAGCUCGGGGCGAAGACGGGCGCGGUCAAGGCUCUAGAGCGUCGCGUGAAGGAUCAAGACAAGGCACUAGAGCGCGCUCGAGCCGAGAUCGAGAAGAUGCGAGAGACGCUCCUCGCUCGCGAUGACGAUGCGUUCGAGAGACGACUCGCCUCGGCACCGCAAUCCAAGUAUGUCGCGAGUGCGGAGAAAGCGGCGGCGGAAGUGAUGGAUAACCUCCGCGCAUCGCGAGCGAAGCACGUGUCCAAACGCAGUCGCGAUCAGCGAGCGUCUCGACGGGAUCGCGUCGCCAUGCCCAAGCCGGCGUCUUCAGGCGCAAGCAAGAAACGCGCGCCUCCGGCGUCUCGCCACAUCGACACGAGCGAGCCGUUCCAACCGCCCCAGGCGAGUGAUGCAGACGAGGACGAGGGCGAAGACGAUGAGGAGUACGAAGAAGUCGAUGUUCCGGUCAAGCGCGUCGUCACCAAGUCGAGGACCAAGGCGAAGCGCGAGAAGAAGCAAAUCGAGCCCGUCGCCGCUAAGGAGAACAGACAAGAAGACGCGGCGCCGGCCGCCCAAGACGGCCCGCGCAUGCCGCUCGGGAUGAUCCAGAUGCCCAAACUCGGCGCGAGAAAAGACAAGUCGGUGGACGACGGCGCGCAAAAGAAGCGCAGAUUGAACCGUCAAUCCGCAAUUCCAGAGGCACUCCCGUCACUCCUCUUCGGCGUCGCUGAGACCGACUUCAGGGUCACCGACGCUCAGUGA